GAAACACAAGUGUUCAUUUCAAUCUCUUCUGAUUUUAUAGAGUGAGAAAUGACGGUAGCGGCAGGAAUCGGGUACGUGCUUAUUGCACUAGGACCGUCUCUCUCCCUCUUCGUUUCCGUAAUUUCCAAAAAACCAUUCUUAAUUCUCACUGUUCUUUCCAGUACAUUGUUGUGGCUUAUAAGCUUGAUAGUGUUGUCUGGAAUAUGGAGAGGUUUUCUUCCACUCAAUUCAAAUGCAUGGUGGCCUUAUGGAAUACUCAUUUUUUCAUCUGUUGCUUUCCAAGAAGGACUUAGGCUUUUCUUCUGGAAAAUAUUUAAAAAAUUAGAAGAUAUUUUAGAUGCUUUUGCUGAUAGAGUAUCAAAACCACAUCUUUUCCUGACAGAUAAGAUGCUGAUAGCUCUGGCUGGUGGUUUGGGUCAUGGUGUUGCCCAUGCUGUGUUCUUCUGUAUCAGCCUAUUAACUCCUGCAUUUGGCCCAGCUACAUAUUUCGUUGAUAGGUGUUCAAAGGUUCCGUUUUUCCUUCUUUCUGCCAUUAUUGCUCUUGCAUUUGUCACAAUCCACACCUUUUCGAUGGUCAUUGCAUUUAAUGGGUAUGCAGAGGGGAACAAGGUGGAUUGUUAUUUUGUUCCCAUUGUUCACGUUGUUGCAGGAAUGGUGACAAUGGUAAAUUUGGCACCUGGGGGUUGCACUGUUGGCAUUCCUCUUCUUUAUUUCAUUGCGAUCUUGACCUUGAUUCAUUGUGGGAGGAUGGUUUGGAGAAGAUUGACUGAUAACCCAAUCAGGCCUGGUCACUCGUAGUAAGUGGGUUACUGUGGGGCAUCAAAUCAACUAGAAUCAGGUUUGGCUAAAUAAAGUCUUUGGCUGCAGAAGCAGGUUUAUGGAAGUCUUGGUGAGAGAAGCUGAAGUCUUUAGACAUUUUAUUUCCAGAAAAACAGAGAAGUAGUUAGAUUAGUGAAGAGGUUUGUGUUAACGCCUCACUAGUUGAAAUUUAUACUCUGUUAAGUGGGGGGGGAGGGGUGUAUGUAUAUAUAUGUAUUCACCUAUAUAUUUUGGAACUGACAGUAUAUUGGAAAUGUUCACUUGCUUUAUUAGUUUAUUUAAAA